AUGGGAGGCUCUUUCAUGGCAGGGUUCGUCUUCUGCUACCUGCUCGUGGCUCUGCUGUCUCCCGGGGAGAGGCUGAUGAAGAGGGAAGAACGAAGAACCUACCAUUCCUCCGUGGAGCCAGAGAUUCGGUUCUGCAAUUCGUCCUUGCUGACUUCCUCCUUCAACAAGGAAGAGAUACAGGCAUCCUUUGAGAAGAGCUGGCGGCAUACACUCGGACUUCACUCGAAGCUGUCGAGGAUGCUCGACAAGGAAGUUUUCACGCUGCAAUCCCCGUGGGCACACUUCAACCUGCUGCCUCCUGUUGGCCCGAAAUGCAGAGCAGGCAUGAUGACGAUGGGAUCAGCAGGAGGGCAGGACAACGAGAAGCGAUUCUGUGGCCCUCGUGCGCUGAAACGCCGUGACUGUGUUGUGAUCAGCGUGGGGAGCCAUGGCGAAUGGGGAUUCGAGAUCGGGGUGUUCGAGUCGACUAAUUGUGUUGUACACACCUUCGACUGCAACGGGAACUACUCUGUUCCCCCCAAUCUCCAAUCGAGGGUGUUCUUUCACAAGAUCUGCCUUGGCCCUGUCGACGAUGGGGACUACAGGUCAUGGCCUUCCAUCCUGAAGAUGCUCGGUUACUCCAGGCCCCCCACGUUCCUCAAGAUGGACAUCGAGGGCUGGGAAUACUCGGUCCUUACCUCGAUCAUCAACACGGGCUACAUGCUCCCUCACCAGAUCGCCGUCGAGCUGCACUGGUACACAGGAGGAGUUGGGGGGGUGUACUGGAGGGGGCCCUUGCCCACCAUGAUGGAGAACGCGCAUCGGUUCUACAUGACCAAGGACUACGUGGCUGCUGGGUACAUGCCGGCAGACAAAGACCCUCCAACGUACUCCUACAAGACGCCAGGAGAGAUCGCCCUCUUCGGAGCGUUCCUCUUCCUCAAGGGGGGGUACAUGAUCGUGGACCGCAAGGACAACCCAGACUGCAAGCACUGUACCGAGCUCCUCCUGGCGCGUUUGAUCUGCUCUCCGCGGUCUUUCCACGGCGAGUUCACCCUGUGA